AUAUGCAUACUACUGUAAUCCAAAGGUGAAUAAUAGUAAGGAUGUGACCAAGACCAUGGUGUAGCUAGUCCAAAAUAUGAAUAAGGUGUAGCGACUUAAUUAACUCGAGGUUCACAAAAGUAUGGUUGUUUUUUAGGUUCCAGUGAAGAUUUCAAUUUCUUACUUUCAUUUGGCCGACUCCCUUGUUUCUUGUUAAGCUCAGCCUCACUUUUCUCCCCAAAGUGAAUUUAGCUUCAGUGCCCCUGGACGGACUGGUCAGACUAGUUUUGAAACAGGUCAGGCUGGUUUUAACAAAGCCGGGGUUCCUGCUUUUGUCUUGCCCCCCGAGCAUUGAAGUCUUCAAUAUACUUCAAUGGGUCUUCUGCAUAGAGCAAAUCAAUCUAACUGUCCUAGGUGCAGAUCUUCCUGAAGUCAUAACUCUUUCAUCCGAACUCCAAAUCAGAUAUUAUACAUAUGUAUUUUGAUCGUCUCAUCAAGGGCUACAUAAUUGUGAAGUCCAAUUUGCAUUGUAAGGAAUUUACCCAAAUCGGUCUGACCGGUUUAGGCAACCGGGUCAGACCGGUGUGCCCAAACCUAUCAAUUUUGGUAGUCAACACUACUCAUCCCUCAGUUUUUUAAUGUACAAUAUUUAGGACAAAUUAUUUAGCUUGUUCUAAAUGUUACACAUUAAAAAAUGGAGGGAGUAUUAAUAUAUUAAAAAAUGGAGGUAGUAUCUUCUAAUAAUGACGGUUAAGAGAACCUGAUCAUUGUAGGAAAUGAACUAGCUAGGGAUUGGAUGGUUCCCAUUUUAUUGACGAUGUGGACUCAUGAAAAGUUUCCGUUGGCGAGAUUAAAUGAUAGAGGGAUGUUGUAUAUGUUUCAGAUAUAUACCAUUGGUCUAUAUGUGUUCACAGAAUUUUUGUCUCCUGGACAAUUUCAUGUGGAGAAGUACUUUCAGGUAUAUGUGAAUUAUCUACCUCAGAAGAAGUUGAUCAUUCAAAUUACAAGGAGAUUGUGGAAGGACGAUUUCAUCUGUAUCACAGGCAAGUCUAAAAGAUGACGCUCAGCCCAUCACCUCCGCCGUAUGGAGCGGCGGACACCAGGACGUGGUCAGAUUACGCGAUCCUAGACAUGCAACUCGCGCAAUACUUCAAGAAAUCAGCCUCGGGGAUCAUCCUGCCGAUGCUCUUCGGCUUCUUGCCGCUUACAUUGUGCAACAGCACGAAGGCGGCCAUUGCGUUCAGCGUGUUCGCAGUGUUCUCCGUAGUGUUUACCAUCGUGCCCUUGCUGUUCGCGGGCAAGAUGCAACUGCAACAUGGUGACACCCCAAACGACGACGACGCCGAGGUGGACUCCUCCGACAGACGGCGGGUCAAACUGCUCUGCUUCGCGGCGUACGCCUCCAACGUCUCCCUCAUGGGCACCGCCGUCUGCCUCGCGACUGUCAUCAACAAGUGGUAUUGGGCGCUCGCGAUCCCCUUGCUUCUCGUCGUCGUCUUGCUGUUCGGCAUCUUCUUCGACUGCGGCCUCCGGAACGACUUCGUCUGGGGUGCCAUGCAGUACGACGAACACAGGCACGACCUCAAGUUCUUCUUCGACCUCUCAUCCGAGGUCACACAGACCGCGUUCGCCGGCCUGUCGGGCAGCCUGCUGGGGAACCUGAAGAAGGCGCGAUGCCUGCAGAACAGCUCCGGCACGGCCGAGGGGUUCACGCUGUACGCCCUCCUCGUGGGACUGUUCCUGAUGCUGGUCUGCACGAUCCCGCCGGCGCUCGACUUGCGCAGCAUGCGGGACAAAGCUGUGGCCGUGUUCCUCAAGUGGACGGCCUACCUCGCGCUGGCGCUCCUUACCCUCGCCGGGCUCUUCGCCGCGGCCACAGUGGUGCGGACGUUCGUCGUGUUUGCAGUGGUCCUCAUCGGCGCCAUGGGCGCCUUCUGGUUCUACAAGGUGUACCGCAGCAAGCCACCAUCCGAGACCGUGGCCGUGCAUCCCCGUUGCCGGCCGGACGCCGAGGCUCGCCACGCCGCGGGGGAGCGGUCGCUCAUGUGGCUGGGGAUCCACACGCUAAUGUUCGGCACGCUGAUGGCGUCCUACUCUGUGUUCCUCACCGGCCAACACUUCAGCGACCUCUACAAGGCAGGCGUGUUCUUCGUCUUCGCUGUGCUCCUGACAAAUUUCUGUCGUAUGGUCCUCGUGCGCGAGGUACAGGACAAGGAGAACGAGGCCUCAGUCGUGCUCAUCACGGGAUUCGCCAUCAUCUUCCUCGUUCUCCUCGCCGUGCUUCUGCUGAUCCUCCUCGCGAUGUUGCAGCCUAAUGAGCUCAGGAGCACCUUCAUAUAGUGGCUUAGGCCACGUCGAUCACCAGCCGAGCCGUCGUGGAAGUAUCAGAUCAAGCAAUUCGACUGCCUACAAGAAUCUAAUUGUUCAAUUUGCCUGCCGUGAUGUUGGUGUAUCAUACAAGAAUGAUCCACAUGUACUUGAUUGACUUACUUUUUUCUUGCUUUCCACUUUGGCGCUGGGACAAGUCCCAGUUUUAACUGUGUAAAAUACCAACUUUUCUUUUUAAGGAGAU